UAAGUCCAAUGUUAAUUGUGUGCACAAUUAUGUUUGAAAUUUUUACGAUUUGAUUGAAAUUAAAGUGAAGAACUGUAAAUUCAGAUCUUUGAAUACAAUGGAAGUGCCCUUGUCGCGAUGGUGGGGAAGAAUUGCUUCGCGAUCGCCAGUGACCGCCGUUUGGGAGUGCAGCUGCAGACCGUCGCCACGGAUUUUCAAAAGAUUUAUAAUAUCCACGACAAGCUCUUCAUUGGUCUAUCGGGCCUGGCUACCGACGCCCAGACACUAUAUCAACGGCUUGUUUUUCGUUACAAGUUAUAUCAGCUUAGAGAAGAGAGGAACAUGAAGCCUGAGACUUUUGCUAGCCUCGUAUCUGCUAUUCUUUACGAGAAAAGAUUUGGUCCGUACUUCUGUCAACCUGUAAUUGCUGGAUUGGCAGACGAAGAUAAACCCUUCAUUUGCACCAUGGAUUCUAUCGGGGCAAAUGCCAGGGAACUUGCCAAAGAUUUUGUUGUUGCUGGAAGGGCCUCCGAAUCGCUAUAUGGUGCAUGUGAAUCAAUGUUCAAGCCUGACAUGGAUUCUGAGGAAUUGUUUGAGACCAUAUCGCAAGCACUCCUGUCAGCCGUAGACCGUGACUGUUGAAGUGGCUGGGGAGGCCAUGUCUAUGUCGUCACGCCAACUGAGCUUUCAGAGAGGAUCCUGAAGGGAUGGAUGGACUGAUUUUCCUCUAUAUGCGUUUGGAUACUUUGUGUUUUUGCUCCCUAGUGCCUGCUUUAUGGCCUCCAUUCGGAGGAACUUUGCCAAUUUGCUAAUAGAUACUCUAUUUUUCGACAUGGAUGUAUACCAUUGUUAGCUUGAUGCCCAUUCAUUGGGUAGUGUUCUGUAAAAUCACAUUACAAAUUGACGUUUGUUUAUUUGCGAGUUAUAAUUUGAAGUGAUUAUCUAAGGUUCCAUGAUCAUAUAAGAUGUCAUAAAUUGUAUACUCGAUGGAUCGGGUUUAGUAAGACACAAUUCGUGAUGUGAUCAAAAUUAUGUUGUUCAC